AUGGGCCUCGAUCGCCUGGCCUAUGUGCAGCAGCUGAUGCCGGCGCGGCAGCAUAAGAGAGACACUUUCUCCCGCCGACGUCUUCGUCUCUUGACUCGCGUUGAGACCCCGUCUCCACCCGCAGCAGCAGCAGCAGCAGCAGCAGCAACAGCAGCAACAGCAGCAGAAGCAACAACUACAACAGCAGCACAGGGUACUGCUGUUGAUGAUGCCCCUCCUCAUGCGGGGGCCCCUGGGCCUGCUUUGAACGCAGCAGCGCUGGAACCGCGCAACGCCGCAGCGGCGGCGCAGCGGCUGCUGCCGCUGGUGCAGCAGCGGGAGAGGGAUCUAUUAGAGCAGCAGCAGCAGCAGCAGCAGCAGCAGCAGGACGGGGAGGAGGCGAUCGGGGAGGAUCUGCUGCACCUAUCUCUAUCUUUCUGUCUCCUUUUUUGUCUGUCUCCUUUUCUGUCUCCUCUUUAUGCUUCUUCGUUGUCUCCUUCCGUUUGUCUUUGCUGUUUUUUUUCUUUUUUUUUUGGGUACUCCUCUAUCAGCAGCAGAAGCAUCAGCAGCAACAGCAGCAACAGGGGAGACGUUCAAGCGGCAAAGACACCGCAGCAACAGAGACAGCAGCAGCACACAGACACAGAGAGAGACACAAAAGGAGACACAUGCUCGGGUGUCUCCUCACGUAUCCAAGCAGCUGCUGUUGGGUACUCCUCUAUCAGCAGCAGAAGCAUCAGCAGCAACAGCAGCAACAGGGGAGACGCUCAAGCGGCAAAGACACCGCAGCAACAGAGACAGCAGCAGCACGCAGACACAGAGAGAGACACAAAAGGAGACACAUGCUCGGGUGUCUCCUCACGGUCCCUUGAGGUGUCUCUGACUUCUUUCCAGCGUUCAGCCUGGCGGCGGAUGACGCCCAAGACAACAGCAGAGAUUGUAGACGCGGUGUACGAACAUGACUUCCUCUUCCUGCUUCUCUUUCUCAAACACCGGCAACACUCAGCCUGGCGCAGGAUGACGCCCAAGACAACAGCAGAGAUAGUAGACGCGGUGUACGAACAUGACUUCCUCUUCCUGCUUCUCUUUCUCAAACACCGGCAACAGCAACAGGAGCAGCAGCAGCAGCAGCAGCAGCAGCGACAGCAACAGCAACAGCAGCAGCAGCAGCAACAACAGCAGCAAAACGGGAGUUCCACACUGCUGCAGCUCUGCGACGCUACACCAGAGCAGCAGCCUUCUUGGGACAGUGCAGAAGCAGCUGAAGGCGAUGCAGGUGCAGCAGGAACAGCAGCAGCAGCAGCAGCAGCAGCAGCAGCACAGACAACACCCGCAUCAGCAGCAGCACGAACUGAAGCAGAUGACUCUGAGGAAGAUACACCUCUGGCUUUGCUGCCAGCAGCGGAGCGUCGGCGCACAGCCAAGCAGCAGGAGCCUGCCUCAUCUGCUGCAGCAGCAACAGGGGGUGCUGCUGCUUCUGCUGCUGCUUCUGCUGCUGCUGCUGCAGAAGCAGCAGGAUUCCCGCCUGGUACUCUUCCUAUGAUGGGCGCCUCCUUUCGCUCGAAGGCGCAUAGGGGGUUCUUCAGCCUCCCUGCGUCUCAGCUCUUACCCCUGAACGCAGCAGCAGCAGCAGCAGCAGCAGCAGCAGCAACUGCAACAACAACAGAAGCUACAGCAGCAACAGAAGCAGCUGCAGCAGCUGCUGCUGCGCUUAUGCCGGCACAGAGCGAGGUACUGCUGCAGCAAGAAGCAGCAGCAGUGCCGCAAAGCUGUCAGCAGCAACUCUUGGCGCUGGAAGGCCCCAGUUCACCGCAGGAUCCGCAGCAGCAGCAGCAGCAGCAGCAGCAGGCUGGCGGGGACCAAGAACAACAGCAGCAACAAGCAUACCGAGAGCACCACCUGCAGCAAGAGGAUCGAGAGGAGCAGCAACAGCAGCAGCAACAGCAGCAGCAGCAGCAAGAGGCGUUGCAAGGGAGUCAAGCAGAAGCAGAUGCAGCGCACGAGCCAAAACGUAGGAAGCUGCUGCUGUCCCCUGGUGUUGCUGCUGCUGCAGAAGAGACUGCAGCAAACUCUGAGUUGGCCUUAGCAAUCCCUGUCUCGAGCAGCAGCAACAGUAGCAGCAGCAGCAGCAGCAGCAGCAGCAGCGAGCGUAGUCUUCUGCAGCAGCAGCUGAGGCUGCUAGAGGACAGAGCAGCAGCUGCCUUGGAUGCUGAUUCUGCUGCUGGGGGUUUGCGUGGCGUUGCAGCGGAAACGAAGUAA